AUGAAGCCCCAUUGCUUCGUGACUUUCCUGGCCAUUUUGUCGAUCAACCUACAUCUCUGUGCAUCCUCAUCACGACGCCUCCUAGCUGCUGAAGGCCCUGCCGCGAUCCCAAAUGGCCAGCCAGCAGGUCCUGCACCGGCGCCGGCGCCGGUUCCUCCCGCCGGUGUGCCGGAGAUCAUUCCGGCCAACCUCCCGGCGAACCUUCCGGCCAACCUGCCGGCGAACGUGCCGGUGAACGUCCCACCGGACGUGCUAUCCAAGAUCCCGCCGAACGUGCUGGCGAAGCUUCCGGCGAACGUCCCGCCGGACGUGCUGGCGAGCAUCCCGCCGGAGACGCUGGCGAACAUCGAGGCUUCGAAGGGCCAGCUGCAGACGAGCGAGAUCCUGGCGACGCUGCCGGCGGUGCAGGGCCAGCUUCCGGCGAGCCUGCCGCCGGAGGUGCUGGCCAAGCUCCCGGCGCUGCAGAGCCAGCUGCCGGAGAGCAUCACGCCGCAGAUGGUGGCGAGCCUCGCCGCAAUGCAGCAGCAGCAGCAGCCGGGCGGCCAGCCUGGGAACGCGGCCGGCGGCGGCGGCCUCCCCGCCGACAUCCCGCAGCUCCCCAAGAUGCCGGACUUCUCCGGGCUCGCCGACAUCUCGUUCCCGCCGAUGCCGUCGGGGCCCAAGAUGCCGCAGCUGCCGCACAACAUGUCGCUGUUCGGGUACGAGGUCCCGAUCCCAAAGUUCAUCAGCAAGAUGGUCGAUGACGCCGAGCAAAACUCUGGAUCCUAG